AUGUGUUGUUCAAAUGGAACUGUUCGUAUUCCUAAUAUCGAUGAACCACCAGAACCAAUGAAAACUCUUUUGGAAAGUUCAACAAGUAUUUCAGAACACUUUUUAGAAAAUAUUAAUAAAUAUAACAAUGCAUUUCAUAUGACCUCAUUUGGAGCGGCAGAAACUAUUGUCGAAAAUUAUAUGCCUACAUUUAAAAUAAGAGGUCAAGUGUAUCAUUUAGCCGGGUCGUUGAUGCCUUUACCAAAUACAAAUCAUAAAUAUUUACAAGUUUAUUUUAUGGAUGACGAAGAGGAACAAAUUGAUGCGCGAAUGGGUAUUUGCAGUGGAUUGAAUAAAGGUAAUUGUAUUGUAUAA